AUGCCCCCUUGGGACUGGUCCGUAUCUCCCACCCACAGAGAGUUCGAGGGCCGCGCUCGUUGGGGGGCCACCACGCAUGCAGGGGACGAUGACACUGAUGACCAUGGCCAUUGCACUCUCUGCGCUGGUACACUCGGCCAUCGCGCGUACGGCGUCGCCAAGAAGGUCGAUAUCGUAGCCGUCAAGGUCACCGGAUCCGACGGCUCCGGCACGUUGUCGGAAAUUGCUGCGUGUGUGAGCUAUGGGGUCCAGGAACACCUGUCGCUUCAGGUGGAGCGGAAGGGGGAAUACAAGGGUUCGGUGGCUAAUAUUUCGCUAGGGACUGAGAGGUCACGGUCACUUGAUGAAGCGGUUGCAAAUGCGGUCGCGCAGGGUCUGUAUUUUGCGGUUUCGGCUGGAAACGAUGAUAGAGAUGCAUGCCUGCAGUCACCUGCGGCGGCCAAAGGUGCGGUGACGGCGGGAGCGUCGGAUGUUAAGGACGAGAGGGUGGACUUCUCAAACUAUGGAUCAUGUGUGGAUGUGUUUGCGCCUGGUGUGGGCGUCAAGUCGGCGUGGAUCGGGGCUGUCGAUGCUACGCGGACGCUGUCAGGGACGUCAUUAUCCUCUCUUCGUGUCGCGGGAUUGAUUACGUGCUAUCUAUCGUUGGCGCCAGAGAACAGCUCGGCAUUCUUCUCGGGACGGAUCCCACCAAAGGAGAUGAAGGCGCUGUUGAAGGAGACGGCAACAAGAGAUGUGCUGACAGAUGUGGAUUCGGAAACGCCUAAUCUGUUGGUGUACAACGGCGGUACUACGCGUGGUAAAGGAAAACAAAACAGCCGCAACCUCUGUCGGGCGACGCGGAUGAGGAGAAAGGGUGAGAUAGAUAGAAAGCAGCCCAUGGCCGAAAAAAAUAAAGCGAAUGCUUGCAUGCAUGCGCGCUAUGCAUUAUCUCGCUUGAGCGGGCAACAAUUAAGGUGUGACAAUCGGGCGUUAAUAUCUGCCCUGCCAUUGUUGCCGCCGUAUGGAAACCACAACCGCCAUGUGGAAACCACAGCCGCCACCAGCGUAUUUGCUAAGAAUAGCCCAUACGCGUCCUCUACAAGUUCCAAAGACGCGCCUUUGUUUUGUAAAAGAGGCUGGAGGGACGCGCCGCCCGUUGGCGUGAUGGCUACAUGA